AUGAGUGAGCGACGUUCUUCUCAUCAUCACCAUCAUCAUCAUCAUCGUCCACGGCAAACUUUCGACGAAAAAUAUCGUGUAAUAGAAAAUGAACUUAAGCGAAAAAAUGAUACGAUCGAUUCAUUAAGAAACGACACUAUUGAUAUAAGUCACCAAAAUGAUCUAUCACAUUCAUCGUGUACUCCUGUUGAUAGUUCGUUUAUUCGUAAUGUUUCUCUUCGAUCAAAUGCUAGUUCUAAUUGGAACUCACUUACGAAAGAUCGUGAAAUCGCUAAAUUGAAAGCAUUAGUAUUUCAAAAAGAUAAUGAAGUUAUUGCUCUGGCAUCAACACAUAAAAAUGCUUUGUUACAGAUGGAAGAUCGAAUGGAACGUGAACGAAAAGUUUGGAAUGAACACAAAGAACUUUUAUUAGCCGGUGAACGUGCAAAAUUUGAAGAAGAAAAAACUCGUCUAUUAAAAGAUUUACAACAUCAAUUGAAUAUUGAACGUGAACGUUGUCAGCGUUUUGAACAAAAGCUAUAUGAUGCACAAAUGCAAUCAAGUGAAGCUAAACUAAUGUUAAAAGAAAGUGGCCGGGAACGUAUCAAUGCUGUUUAUGGUACUAAGGAACAGUGCAGAAAAGAAUUUCAAGAUGAAAUUAAUCGACUACGUAAUCAAUUUCAAUUGGAAAGAGACGCUGAAUUUACGCGUAUACAAGAACGUGUUCGUGAAUUAGAAGAUACAUUAGAUCAAGUUUCAACUGAAAAUGCUGAUGUAGCUGCACGUCAACAUGAAUUAUUUGUUAAUUUGGAAGCGUCAGAAAAAACUUGUGUCCGUUCAAUAACAGAUUCAAUUAAGAAACUACUCAUGGCUAUUGAUAGUCCAUCCCAUGUUUAUGCAACAAUUCCGCACAUCUCAUCAUUUACAUAUGAUCGAGAUUCAAUUGUCGAACGUUUACCUACACGAAGUGUACUUAAAUUACUUCAAGAUACCGUCGAUGAAAUUCGUAAUUAUGUACUUGAACAAAAAGUACAAAUUGAAACAAAAACAAAAUUUUUAAAGAAAUCAAAAGUAUUAACAGAUCGCACAACAGAUUAUUCCAAUAGAACCUAUGAUGACAGUCAACCACAACAACCACCACUAUUAAGAAGUUCACUUUCAAAACAUAGAAAAGAAAAUGAUCGUCUAUCACAAACAUGUGAAAAUCGUUCUAACAAUAGUUCAUAUAAUCCAUUUCAAUUAUCAUCUCAACAAAAUGAUACGAUCGAUAAUCUUGUACAAAAACUUGAAGAUCAUAUUGCAACUGAACUUGAUCGUUUAACAAAACAACGAAUAACAUUAAAUAAUUCAAACCAUAAUGAUGAACGAAUGACAUUAAAUAGUUCGAAUCAUCAUGAUGAACGGCCAACAUCAUAUUAUGUCGAAUCACCUAAAAAGGUGAAAUUUGAAUCAAUACCUUCGAAUAACGUUGAUGAAGUUAAUCAAGAUUCACUCAUUCGACAUUUACAAAGCCGUAUUAGUGAUUUAAGAGAUGACAAUAUGCGUUUACGCGAUACUCAACAACCAAAAUCAACGUUACCAUCCUAUCAUGAAAAUGAUAAUCAACAUUCAUUUUCAUCGAUGCGCUCCCGCAAUUAUCCAAAAACAUAA